GCAGGUCCCACAGGUAUGGAUCUCUGGCAGCUGCUGUUGACCUUGGCACUGGCAGGCUCAAGCGAUGCUUUUUCUGGGCAUGAGGUCACACCAGCUACCCUUGGCAAAGCAUCACAGAGUCUGCAAAGAGUUAAUCCAGGCCUGAGGACAAAUUCUUCUGGGAAGCCUAAAUUCACCAAGUGCCGUUCACCUGAACUAGAGACAUUUUCAUGCUACUGGACAGAUGGGGGUCAUCAUGGCUUAAAGACCCCAGGAUCCAUACAGCUGUUCUAUAUUAGAAGGAGCACUCAAGAAUGGACCCAAGAAUGGAAGGAAUGUCCCGAUUAUGUCUCUGCUGGAGAAAACAGCUGUCACUUUAACUCGUCAUAUACCUCCAUUUGGAUACCCUACUGUAUCAAGCUAACUGACAACGGUGGUACGGUGGAUCAGAAGUGCUUCUCAGUUGAGGAAAUAGUGCAACCUGAUCCACCCAUUGGCCUCAACUGGACUUUACUGAACAUAAGUUUAACUGGGAUUUAUGCUGAUAUCCAAGUAAGAUGGGAACCACCACCCAAUGCAGAUGUUCAGAAGGGAUGGAUAGUUCUGGAAUAUGAACUUCAAUACAAAGAAGUAAAUGAAACUCAGUGGAAGAUGAUGGACCCAAUAUUGUCAACAUCAGUUCCUGUAUACUCGUUGAGACUGGAUAAAGAAUAUGAAGUGCGUGUGAGAUCCAGACAACGAAAUUCAGAGAAAUAUGGCGAGUUCAGUGAGGUUCUCUUUGUAACACUUCCUCAAAUGAGCCCAUACGCAUGUGAAGAAGAUUUCCGGUUUCCAUGGUUUUUAAUUAUUAUCUUUGGAAUAUUUGGGCUAACAGUGAUGCUAUUUGUAGUCAUAUUUUCUAAACAGCAAAGGAUUAAGAUGCUGAUUUUGCCCCCAGUACCAGUUCCAAAGAUUAAAGGAAUUGAUCCAGACCUCUUCAAGGAAGGAAAAUUAGAGGAGGUGAACACAAUCUUAGCCAUUCAUGAUAAUUAUAAACCUGAAUUCUACAAUGAUGACUCUUGGGUUGAAUUUAUUGAACUAGAUAUUGAUGAUCCUGAUGAAAAGACUGAAGGAUCAGACACAGACAGACUUCUAAGCAACGACCAUCAGAAAUCACUUAAUGUCCUUGGGGCCAAGGAUGAUGACUCCGGACGAACCAGUUGUUGUGAACCUGACAUUCUGGAAACUGAUUUCAAUGCCAAUGACUUAGGUGAUGGUACCUCAGAGGUGGCUCAGCCACAAAGGUUAAAAGGGGAAGCCGAUCUCUUGUGCCUUGACCAUAAGAAUCAAAAUGAGUCACCUUAUCAUGAUGCUUCCCCUGCCAUUCAACAACCCAGCAUCAUCCUGGCAGAGGAAGAAGACAAACCACAACCACUUCUCAUUGGUGAAACUGAGUCAACUCACCAAGUUGCCCCUACUCAGAUAAGCAAUCCGAAUUCACUGGCAAACAUGGACUUUUAUGCCCAGGUGAGCGACAUUACACCAGCAGGGAGUGUGGUCCUUUCCCCGGGCCAAAAGAAUAAGGCUGGGAUAGCCCAGGGCGACACGCAUCUAGAGAUGGCCUCACUCUGCCAAGCGAACUUCAUCAUGGACAAUGCCUACUUCUGCGAGGCAGAUGCCAAAAAGUGCAUCGCUGUGGCCCCUCAUGUGGAGGUCGAGUCACAUGCAGAGCCAAGCUUUAACCAGGAGGAUAUUUACAUCACCACAGAAAGCCUUACCACUACUGCUGGGGGGUCUGGGACAGCAGAACAUGCCCCAGGUUCUGAGUUGCCCGUCCCAGACUAUACCUCUAUUCAUAUAGUACAGUCUCCACAGGGCCUUGUCCUCAACGCGACUGCCUUGCCCUUGCGGGACAAAGAGUUUCUCUCAUCUUGUGGCUACGUCAGCACUGACCACCUGAACAAAAUCAUGCCGUAG